CAGAGAGACAGUGUGCAGACCCUGAGACUUGAACAUAAGAUGCCUUUCUUUUUCAACUUAACAGCUGUAGUUUUGAUGCUGAUUGCUGACUGGGGAUCAUGGACCAGGGCCAGCCGUUUGGGACCCUUCAAAGUCUGUCCCUCUUGCAGAGAUCCAUUAGAGGUGGGUAGCCCCCCAGGGGGGCACGUUGUUGCUGGCAGCAUGUCAGUCCUGGCUGAAGGAGAGCCGUGCGGUGUGUACACCCUGACCUGUGCCAGGGGGCUGCGCUGUGUCCCCCCCCCCAGGGAGCUCAGCCCCCUGCAGGCUCUGCUGCAGGGAAGGGGAAUUUGCGCCAAACACAACAGAACUAAUCCGACUGAGAGGCCCCACCCAAAAGGUCCACAUCCCUCACACAGUGGUGAAAAUGAAAAAGCACCCUGUCGUAAGCUGCUAGGGAUCGUCCUGAGGGGCCUGGAACCAACCGUCUUCCAGUCUGACCGUGACAUUUACAUCCCCAACUGUGACACCCGGGGCUUCUACAGGACAAAACAGUGUCGCUCAUCCAAGGGCAUGCAGCGCGGCCAUUGUUGGUGUGUGGAUGAGCUGGGUGCCCCUGUGCCUACGCACCUCAGCGAGGGGGGGAUGUCACCGUGUACUGGGGAGUGA